AUGGCCUCCACUCCAAUUCUCUCUCCCACUCCCACAACCACCUCUUUAGUCCACCACCACCACCAAUCUUUGCACCUCUCCUCCUUUCCCACCAGACCUACUACUUGCAAUAACAACAGACCACUCACCAGACUCCACGUGUCCACCCCAACCAACAAACCGAACACCACCACCACCACCACCACCUCCAAGAAACCCACGACGGAGACCAUCUUCUUCGACGGCGGAGCCCACUACGGCGACCUCUUGGCCAACCUUAUUCUGGGCUUCACUCUUCUCUGGUUGCCGUUGACUCUGGCCGCCGUUUUCAGGGCCUUCUUUUUGAGGUACAGGUUCACCAACCUGCGGGUGACGGUGAUCUCGGGACUGACAGGUCAGGAUAGGAGCGAUUUCUCGUACAAGGUGAUCAAGGACGUUCAGGUGGUGCCACGUUUUAUCGGUGAGUGGGGUGAUAUUAUCAUAACUCUGAGAGAUGGUACGAAGGUGGACCUGAGGAGUGUGCCUAAGUUCAGAGAGAUUGCCAAGUAUUGCCUCUCGUUGGCUGAUAAGCCUGCCGUUUUGAAGGAAAAAGGAUCUAAAGGCUUUUAA